GAAUGUAGGAAAUUAUAAUUCUAGUCUAAGGAAUUAAAAAUUUAAUGUUUAAAUAAAUAUUUACGUCUUCAUUUUCGUGCGACAGAGUUUAUAAACUUUUAAAGGGACUUAAGGCACAAUACAUGGGUGAAGAAAUCAAUUAUGGUUGUCUCAGAGCCUAUACAGGCUUGUAGGUAUUCACCAUUCUUUACUGUGUAACCAUACAUACGGACAAGUAGAAGAUAGCUCUUUGCAAAAACAGACAAGCAAAUGUUGAUCUCAUAUUUGGAAUCAUAACAGUGGGAUCACUGGAAAGGAAAUUGAAGAACAACAAAUUGACAGUUAAUUGGUUCAGUAGGGAAGGUGAUACAUGCUCUUGAAAUAUGGUUUAGCUAAUUAUUUCUGAUAGAUUGAUGUUAGAUGUGGAGCAGUCUGUGGACCAGUGUGCUUUUCAAAGGCUGCAAAGGAAAGGAAAGGGAAAAAAUGCGAAUCUUGGAUGGAUAAAGGGAUAGCAUGAUAUUAUAUGAAAGAGUAAUUAUUGUGUAUCUGCACGGUCAUUAUAGGUUAAAGCAGAAAUGAUUUGUGGAUAAUGUUGUUUCGUAAUUACUGUGAAAGUUCAAAGCUUUAAUGGGAAACUACAUGAUAAUGAAAAUGCAAAAGGUUCUUCUUCAGUAGUGUAGUUAAUUGCUUAUUGAAUUGCUUACACUGAAGAUAUAGGUUUUGAAUUUUAAGUGAAUGUGUUAUGAGAAAAAAAAGAUAGAAAUGAGGUAAACAAGGGAGAUAAGUGAUAAAUGGGGAUAAAGUGAUAAAAGCAAAACAAGGGAGGUAAACAAGAGAGAAGUGACAAGAAAGGGAGAUAAAGAGAUUAAAUAACAAAAAACAAGGGAGGUAAACAAAAGUACAGACAUUAGCCAAACAAAGGGAGGUAAUCAAGAGAUAAACUUGAGGGAAAGAAUAAAUAGGGAGACACAAAGUAAACAAAAGGAAGUUAACAGCGAUUAUACAUCAGGAUAAUAGGUGGGUGAGGAAAAAGCGACAGCAUCAACAGACGAGAAACAACACAGACAAACAGAAAGGAAACAAAAAAAGAUGGCUGGGGAAGUAGCACCAUGGAACUUGUUGCAGAUUGCAUUUAUAGUGGUUUAUCCAGCAUGGCUGUCCUUUACACGUAUGCCAUCAGGAAUGUCCUUGCUGGCAGCUUAUAUCUUCCUGUUUGUCCUGUGUGUACCUCCUGUCUUCAUACAACUCAAGAUCGGCAACCAUCAGCAGAAAGGCAUUGUGGGACUGCUUUCUAAGCAUGUUCCUAUACUUAAAGGUGUUGGAAUUACUUUAUUGAUUCAACUUUUUCUUGUAUGUGUAUAUAUGGUUCCCAUGGUGACACAUUAUGGAAUGUAUGCAUUCAUCGCCAUAGCAAAAAGUCCCUAUGUCUGGGGAUCUUGUAACAACGCCUGGAACACACCAUCGUGUCAAAGUCAUAUAGGAGUCAAUUCAGGCUCACUGCUAGGCGUUGUAUAUAGUACUAUCCUAGGAAAUCCCAAGACACCUGACCAGCUACCAGAAUCUCAGUUUUUUGAUCAUGAGUACCUACAAAUAUCAGGUAAUAUAUCAGAUGUACGAGGGUUUCCUGUGUGGACAUUUUCUCAGGAAGUGCAGAACUUCAGUGGCUCAAUUCUACCCCUUGCCAUGGUCGCUGUCUGGUUGUUUAUAUUCCUUGCACUAGCGUUCGGACCUAGAGUCUGUGGUUGGAUAUUGUUUGUUCUUGGCCCAGCAUUCCUGGCCCUGUUGUUUACUGUGCUAGGGUACGGGUACAGUCACCUAGACAGUAACGGGUCCAACACAUUCCUGUAUGACCUGUACAAUUUGGACAUGAAACAGUUCAGUAAUCUACAUGAUGAAAAUACACCUUUAAUUCAGGACUGGGUAACAGGCUUUAGACUGGUGAUGGACUCGGUCCCUGUGUGGACUGCUAUUCUUCCAACCAUGGGCAAGAUGACGGGAAAUGGACGUCUCAGUAGAAAUAUAUCAUGGUUGUUCAUAAUUCUUGUGUAUGCAGCGACAUGUCAGUUACCACAGUUAUGUAUGGCCCCAUAUAUUGGUAAUCUACAACAGGUUCUUCCCAAUCAGAUACUUAAAAUAGCAGGGUUUGAAGUGAUAUUCACAGGAAUGGCUGCGGCUUUCUCCAAGCUUGAAAUCCCACCAGUGUAUGCACUACUCUUUUACUUGUCAAUCUUCAUCGCUGGUGUGAUGUUUUUGAUUGUGGCAUUGUUCACAAUACUCGAUAACUUAGUGGAAGGACUUGCAGAUUGGAGUGAAACUUUUCAAGAAAGACGUACUUGUGUUAACUUUUGUGCAGGUUUUGCCCUCAUUUCUGUUGGAGUUGGCUGUUCAAUAUUACACACAACGCAGGCUGGCCUAUAUUACAUCAUUAUAAUGGAUCAGUGUACCACAAAAUUAUAUUUUCUCACAGUCGCCCUCUAUGGUUUCUGUUUAAUCAUUGUGUAUGCGAAACAGAAUUUUGGUGUAGCAGAAAGGAUUAUCAUGUCUAUGUGGUGUGGCGUGUCAACAAUUAUAACAUCUGCAAUUUUUCUGUACUACUUCAUAACAGAACUAAGUACAGUACCUGGUUAUAACAACGUACUUAUCCGAGGGACGUGGGAUCUCGUGUGCUGGGUGUUGGCCAGUGCGCCUUUCAUAGCCAUCCCUGCAGCUAUGAUACAUAGCUGUCAGCAAGAAAAUGGGUCUUUUGGACAGAAAUUAAAAUAUGUGUUCUGUGGAAUAAAACAAGACCCGUAUGACCCUCCCACUGAGUUUGGUUAUCAUCGGCCUGAGCCGAGUGCCCCGCCGUACGGAACAUCAGAUGCCCGUACAUACACAUACAUGGAUGACGGAUACCAAAUGGAUGAAGUGCCUUAUUAUAAGACAGUGGAUUAAUGGAGUGCAAUAGUUAGGUCUUGUUUAAAGAUUCCCUUUCAGGAUAUUAUUGUUAUUAUUAAUAAGUGAAAACUUAAAGAUUUACUGUCAGUAUAAAAUGUCAGUAAAAACAGUGUUAAAGUUUUACUGUCAGUAUAAAAUGUCAGUAGUAAAAAAAAAAAAAAACAGUGUUAAAGAUUAACUGUCAGUUUAAAAUGUCAGUAAAACAGUGUACAGUGUAAUACUGAUAUUAAAUUACUAGACUCUUGCUUUCGAAAAGCAGCCAAUAUGAUACUCAAGCAAACUGAUUUAUAAAGCAAACUGAUUUAUAAAUGCAUGAUCUACUUUGUGUAGAUACAGGAUGUACCGGUAUUACUUGUCAAUGAAAUUCUGUCAUGUGAAAAAUGUAGACUGUACAGAAAUAUUAGUGACAAUUUUAUAAUGAUUUGUUAUUGUACUAGAUAUAAAUGAUUUAUGCAGCUGGAGCAGUGACCAUUUUGUCCCUUGACAAUACUUUUAUGAAUGUAUAUGCUUGCCAACAUAGUCUUGAAUCUCUUUAGGACAAGCGAUUAUAACUUUGAAUAUUCAAAGCAGACUUGUUUAACCUUUAGCUUGCUAAAUUUCUAUAAUGGACUGGUCCAUCAUUCAAUUUUGGCAGUACCACUGAUUAUUCAAAGGGGUGUUAACUGAAAAUUUACUGACUGAAUAGCGAACAGUGCAGACCAUGAUCAGACUGCACAGAUGUGCAGGCUGAUCUUGGUCUGCACUGGUCGCAAAGGCAGAGUCAAUUGCCGCCAGCAGGCUAAGGGUUAAGUUGCUAAGUCAGUAAUAUUCAAAGAUUUCUUGUUACCAAUGUAGUAUGAAAUAGGGGGUGGUACAGUUGAUACAUAGUGUUGAUAAUUCAUUGUUGGAGGAUGUUGCAUCAAAAUAUCUAGGUGACAGAAACUACACAAAAACUAAAAAAAAAAAAGAAGAAAAUUAUUAUGAUAUCUGAUUUUGUAAUCAUAAAAUUUCAUGGUCAAGACCAAACUGCGAUUUUUUUUGCUAUUUGAUUGGGGACGUGAAUUACUUGAUUUUAAAAUUAAAGUUUGUUUGUCGGUUCGGAUUUAAUUUCAGGGAAACCAGGAAGAUAAGUCUGCCAUAAAGUCCAUGAAAAUAAUUCUCUGAAAGAUUGAAUUGAAUGGUUUUACACUGUAGUUAAGAAAUAAUAAGUUCCCAAUCAUGGUUUAUCGUAGAAUAACCCGUGAUUUCAGUUCUUAUGCGUAAGAAUAUAUAUAUUAGGAAGGCCAUAGGCCUGAAUGAUAUAUUGUUUCGCGUAAGAAUGAAAAACUGGUAAUUCUACGAUAAAUCACACUUGAGAACAUGUUAUUCUGAUUCUAACACGGCAUUCUAGUAUCAACAGUGUUAGAAAAAAAAUGGUAACUACCUUUUUUCAACCGUGCUACGCACCUGUAUCGGAUGACGUCACUGCACGCCCACAAGUUAUUGCAAAGUAACUGUUGACUGAUGUUCUUCUAUGUGUAUAUAGGUUAUUUGCUGGUCGUAUUAGAAUGUAAAACAACUUAUAUUCAUGUGAGGCUUAUUUUCCUGGUUGAAUCAAUCCAAACAUUAAUGGUUGGCUUAUUUUUAGCGAUGUAACUCAUUGCAGACUUGGAGCGGUCUUCUGCGCAUGCCCGAAAGUGAUUAUCAGUUGUAGCGCACAGCAUAAAUAUACAUAUUUUUGCAUGUCCGCAUGCAUUUAGUGUACAAUAUGCAUAAAAUACUGACUAAAGGUUAAGGUUAGUAUCACCAUGGUUACAAAAUAUAUACAUUUAAGAUAUUUUCGUUCAAAUUUAGUUAAUCCGGUAUGUGCCGGAGUCUGUAAUUUAUACCGGCGCUCCAAGUCUGCAUUGAGUCACCGUCUAUUUUUAGCAGUGGUUUAAUGCUGGGUUUUUUUUCAGCUAUAUUUUGGUUAUGCACAUCGGUCAGACUAAUCUUAUAGUGUUCUUGAUUUUAUGCUUGAACUGAUCUCUCCUCUACGCAGAUAUUUCACAUUGCAUAGCUGAAAUAUUGUUAGAGAAUCACAAGCCAAAACAUCUGUACUGGUGAUUUUGCCUCGAUUUUCAGUUGUGAAUUACAUUAGCAUGCCUCAGAUCUCUCUGAAAAGUCUGCCUCAUUGGGCAGUUUCUUAUUUCCAGCUUUGUAAAUGUUUUUUUUUUCUUUUAUGAGUUAUGAAAUCUACCCAUUUUAUAUACUGUUUAUAAUAUUUUGUAAUCUUUAUGUGAUAUUACAUGUAUAAUUGUUAAGGUGAUAAUUCAUUUGUAUAGUUAUUUUGUAAACUAUGUAUCCAUACAGAUUUUAGAAAAUCUUAGGUGAUCGCUAAGUAGGUAUUUUAGAUUUUUAUUGCAAUGAUUGUAAAAGUUUUGCUCAUUUGACAUUUUUAAGGUUGUAUCAUGUACAUUUUUACGAGAUGAAUGUAUCACGGUUAAAGUCAACAUUUUAAUGAAAAAAAUGUCCUAAUUGAUGUGAAUACUAUUAAAUUGUUAAUAUUUAUAGGGGAUUAAUUCUCAUGGAAUUCGUGGUUACAUCAGACCACAAAAUUAAAUGCUGACAAAUUUAAAUAUAUUUUCCAUUAAUUCUGUCUUAAAAAUGAAAACACAAAAAUUUAUGCACCCUGCAAUGUGUUACAUGAAAUCAGAAAAACUAUUAUAAUUUCACACAGUCAACUUUUUUUUGGGAAAUUAUCAGUAUUUCAUGCCAUCAGAUUUUCUUUUCAAGGGAAUUAAGUUUUGAUAAAUCCAUGAAUUUUAUGACACCUUUAAGCACUUUGGCUUUGGUAAUAGAAUAACAAGUUUCUAUUGAUAAUAAAGCAUAUGAAUUGUAGUAUCAAACUCAUGCCAACCUUAAGACAAGUCCAAAGGAUUGUAUGAAACAAGUACCAGAUAUAUUUUUGUUUUGUCAUGUCCAUUAAGUCAUUGCUCACACAGAAAACUAUUCCAGAUAUAGACAUUUCCAUAUAUAUGUAGAUAAGGUCGGCCAUCACAGGUGACCUAUGUUGUACAUGUGAUAAAAAUCGGACCACCAAAAAAACAUUUAUGCAGCAUUUUUGUUAACAUUUUCCUUCAGGACGGUUGCAGCAGUUUUUGUUAAAAAAAUCCCAAUAAUAGAAUUUUUGUUCAAACUUUGUAUAUGAACAUAGUGUCGUGUUACAAACAGAAUUAUGAAAAAAAUCGAAGGUCACCAUGCUUGUUCAGGAGUUAUUUGCCCUUGAAUAUAUAAAUUUGAAGAAAAAUCCAGUUUUAAGGACAGAUAACUCCUAAACAAGCAAGGUGACCUAUGAUUGUUUUUGCAUUUGUCUGCUUCAAACAUGUGGCUAUAUUCUUUAUACAAAGUUUGAACAAGUAAUUAAGUUCUGUUAUUGGGAAAUUUUUCCCCCAUCUCUUAUACAAGAAGCUGCAGCGAGCAUCUUUUAAUACUGAAUGAGCUAAGAUCACUGGAGACAGGGAAACAGAUGAAAAGACAUGUCCCUAAAGGUGUCUAUGCUUUUCAAUAGAUUUCUGUCUGUUUUUUUUCCUUUGAAAAUGUUUCAGGAAGUACAUAAAUGGGUUUUUUUUCACACAUACUGGUAUUAAUAGAUAACACAUUUGUGAUGGUCAGCCUGGGCCAGUUUUCACAACAUUUAAAGUUUGAAAUUCAUGCUUAGACUUAAGUGCAGAAUAUUCAGUGUGCCAAAGCUUUUUUGAAAAAUGUGUAUUGCUGAAAAUUUGCUUAGCUAAAAGUAGCUCAGCAGAGCAUUCUUUUUCUUUUUAGCUCACCUGUCACAUACUGUAAAAUCAUUUAAUUUCGUGGGCAUGAAAUUUCGUGGUUUUGGUCAAUACGGCAAUUUCGUGGGGAUAUGAAUUCGUGGAUUUCAACUUUUGAAGAUAAAAUCAAUGGGAAUUUUACGUAUUUGUUGGGAUUAAAUUUCGUGGAUUGACUCAACCACGAAAUCCACGAAAAUUAGUCCCCCACGAAUAUUAAUGAUUUGACAGUAGUGACAAGGUGAGCUUUUGUGAUCACGCAGCGUCCGUCGUCCAUCCGUGCGUCCGUCUGUCCGUAAACUUUUCCUUGUGACAUCUCUAGAGGUCACAUUUUUUGUGGGAUCUUUAUGAAAGUUGGUCAGAAUGUUCAUCUUGAUGAUAUCUAGGUCAAGUUCGAAACUGGGUCACGUGCCAUCAAAAACUAGGUCAGUAGGUCUAAAAAUAGAAAAACCUUAUGACCUCUCUAGAGGCCAUAUAUUUCACAAGAUCUUCAUGAAAAUUGGUCAGAAUAUUCAACUUGAUGAUAUCUAGGUCAAAUUCGAAACUGGGUCACGUGGGGUCAAAAACUAGGUCAGUAGGUCUAAAAAUAGAAAAACCUUGUGACCUCUCUGGAGGCCAUAUUUCUCAAUGGAUCUUCAUGAAAAUUGGUCAGAAUGUUCAUCUUGAUGAUAUCUAGGUCAGGUUCGAAACUGGGUCACGUGCGGUCAAAAACUAGGUCAGUAGGUCUAAAAAUAGAAAAACCUUGUGACCUCUCUAGAGACCAUAUUUUUCAAUGGAUAUUCAUGAAAAUUGGUCAGAAUGUUUACCAUGAUGAUAUCUAGGUCAGUUUCGAAACUGGGUCACGUGGGGUUAAAAACUAGGUCAGUAGAUCUAAAAAUAGAAAAACCUUGUGACCUCCCUAGAGGCCAUAUUUUGCAUGAGAUCUUCAUGAAUAUUGGUCAGAAUGGUCAUCUUGAUGAUAUCUAGAUCAAGUUUGAAACUGGGUCAACUGCGGUCAAAAACUAGGUCAGUAGGUCUAAAAUUAGAAAAAUCUUUUGACCUCUGUAGAGGCCAUGUUUUUCAAUGGAUCUUCAUGAAAAUUGAUCUGAAUGUUUACCUUGACGAUAUCUAGAUCAGUUUCGAAACUGGGUCAUGUGCAGUCAAAAACUAGGCCAGUAGGUCUAAAAAUAGAAAAACCUUAUGACCUCUCUAGAGGCCAUAUUUUUCAUGAGAUCUUCAUGAAAAUUAGUGAGAAUGUUCACCUUGAUGUUCAAAACAGGGUCAGGUAUCUUCGAAAACUAGGUCAAUAGGUCAAUUAAUAGAAAAACCUUGUGACCUUUCUAGAGACCAUAUUUUUCAAUGGAUCUUCAUGAAAAUUGGUCAGAAUUUUUAUCUCGAUAAUACCUAGGUCAAGUUCAAAACUGGGUCACAUGAGCUCAAAAACUAGGUCACUAUAUCAAAUAAUAGAAAAAACGACGUCAUACUCAAAACUGGGUCAUGUGGGAAGAGGUGAGCAAUUCAGGACCAUCAUGGUCCUCUUGUUAUAAUGUAGUCUUCCCUUAAUUUUUUUCAAAUCAUGCAGUUUUCCUGUAACAUUGACUUUACAUCAAGAUUUUUCUUCCCCAUUUGCCAAAAUACAGAGGUUUUUUCCACAACUAACAGGUGCAGACCACUUACCCUCAAAGUUGAAAAAAACUGUUACCUCUGAUUUCAAUGUAAAUGAGAUGAGAAACCAAAAUUUUUAAUCUGUUUGUCACCAUAUAACCUGUACUGUGUGGGUGUGGGGCAAAACCAAAACCUAAAUCUACAAAGCAUCUUCAAGAAAAGUAAUAAUCAUGAUUUGUGUAAAAUAAGCAAUGUCAGACAAGAAAGUUCUUGUUUUAGGAUAUUUAAGUAAAAGUUAAAAUUUCAGACUUGAAAUUUGAUGAUUUCCCCUGGCCCGUACUCAUCAACUUUUAAAAAGUCUGAAAAUCCAACCCAAGAAUGGCUAAUAUUCAAGUUGUCAUAACUUUGGUUUGUAGCAUCCAUAUGAAUUAAACUUUUUAGAACUACCUGUAGCUAUAGAAAUGAAUAUUCAUGCAAAGUUUCAUUACUCUCUGGUAAUAUAAGAAUGAGAGAGCACAGUGUAAAAUGUAGCAUUUUUAAGUCUAAGUCUGAAUUUUAGACUUAAAAUUUUUAUGAAUAUGUGCCCUGUAGUUGUAUGUACACUUAUUUUAGAGUCAUUUAUCAUUUAUAGAUAUUUUCAUUUUUAGAUAAUUACUCGAUAUAGCUUGUAUAUAGUACAUUUGUAUGUUUUUAAAUAAUGUCAAGUGGAAAGGUACCCUUGAAGAAUUACUUUUAGUUUGAUUAUAUUUUUUAUAUAUCAUUCUAUAGAUAUUCCCCGUCAGAAGAUAUUUUGUAAAUUACUUAAACUUCCACAUUUUGUUGAUGAUAAAUAUAUUGCUUCCAAGAUUCUGACUGAUUUAUUUUUCUAAAGAACUAUGACUAACUUUUGAUAUUACAUGGUUUUCAAUUAGGGCCCUUUUUGUUUGAUGCAGUAUAUUUGAGCCGUGCCAUGAGAAAAUCAACAUUGUGGGUUUGCAACCAGCAUGGAUCCAGACCAGCCUGCGCAGUCUGGUCAGGAUCCAUGCUGUUCGCUAAUGGUUUCUCUAAUUGCAGUAGGCUUUAAAAGCACACAGCAUGGAUCCUGACCAGACUGCGCGGAUGUGCAGGCUGGUCUGGAUCCAUGCUGGUCGCACACCCACUAUGUUGGUUUUCUCAUGGCACAGCUCAUUUAAUGAUUUUAUACGACAUAAUCUUUGGAGAAGACUUGCCAGUUGUUUUGUAUAUUGUAAUUCGGUGAUGGAGCAGUUCUGGUGUGUACGCAGUAAAAUUGUUCUCGAGAUUUCCCCUUUGAUUUUAAAUGUCCCAAAUUUGAUUAGGAACAUCACAGAUUUUAACUGAAGAAUGUCCCACACUUUAUCUACAGAAUGUCUCCUACCUCAUAUGAAUGUCAUGGGGUUUUGUUGCCAAAUGUCACACACUUGUGUCUUGAAAAAAAUACCAUUUUUUGAUAUCUGGAUUUUCGGUAGAGUUACACGUGUCAAGCGGAUUAAGUGGUCCAGUGGUACCACCUUCUGACUACAGAACCAGGGGUCAUGACCUCCAUCACCCUCUCCUCCACCUAAAAUAGUAACAUUAGGAUAGCAGUCCUGUGUAUAGAUGUGCACGCUAAAGAAUCCAUGAAGCUGCUGGAAAUGGAGCACCUUCUUCAUCUUGCACUGUCUUCCACUAAUAUUACUAACCCUUACCCUGCUAAAUUUCUAUAAUGAACUUGUCCGUCUUUCAAUUUGGACAGUACCAUUAACUGUUAAAAGGGGUGCUUACCAAAAGGAGACUGACUGAAUGGCAAACAGUGUAGAUCAUGAUCAGACUGUAGAUCUACACUGGUCGCAAAGGCAGAAUCGAUCGUGUCCAGCAUGAUAAGGGCUAACAGUCUCCUGGAAGAGUUGCCUAUAUGCUGGACACGAUCGAUUCUGCCUUUGCGACUUAUUGUUGGACAUUACAAAAUGUAAAUUUGUGACAUUCCACUAGUGGCAGUAGUAAGUAAGCUUAUAUAAACAAAAAGAAUACAAGUUUCAUGUUUGAGUGGUGGAAUGUCACAAAUUUACAUUUUGUAAUGUCCAACAAUUAGUUGCAAAAUAUACCACAUUGGAAUUGCGAAAUGUUCCACAUGUGUAACAAAAAUGUCCCAUUUUUGAGAUAUAGUACAUGUACAUCCUCAGCUACUGAAUGUCCCA